AUGUCCACCGCAAUCUCCACCCCCGAAACCCGGCAGAGCAUCAAAGUCGGCCCCGGUGCCACCUUCACAGGUACCGUGUACCUCGAACUCAUCCACCACGACGCCAAAGUCGCGACUGCAAACGUGACAUUCACCCCCUGCGCCCGGACACACUGGCACACGCAUGAAGAGGGGCAAGUCAUCAAAGUCACGACGGGGAAGGGCUGGAUCUGCGAUGAGGGUCAGAAGCCAAGAAGGAUUAAGGCGGGGGAUGUUAUCUUCGCGCCGGCGGGGACGACGCAUUGGCAUGGGGCGGAUGAGGGGAGUCUCAUGACGCAUUUUGUUGUUGGGUUGGGGGAGACGAGGUGGUUGGGGGCUGUUAGUGAGGAGGAGUAUGCGGCGGCGAAGGGGGAGUAG